GCGCCCCCUGAUGUCUGUAGGGGGGAUCGAACCGGCCAACAUUGUACCUGAUCAGUUUGAAGAUGGCGGAGGGUGAAUUGAACGUGGACAGCCUCAUCUCUCGGCUUCUGGAAGUACGGGGAUGUCGCCCGGGGAAGAUAGUCCAGAUGACAGAGGCAGAGGUGCGAGGCCUCUGCAUCAAAUCCAGGGAGAUCUUCCUCAGCCAGCCCAUCCUGCUGGAACUUGAGGCACCUCUGAAGAUCUGUGGUGAUAUCCAUGGGCAGUACACAGAUCUGCUGAGGCUGUUUGAGUAUGGUGGCUUCCCUCCAGAGGCAAACUACCUUUUCCUGGGUGACUACGUGGACAGAGGCAAACAGUCCCUGGAAACCAUCUGCCUUCUGCUGGCCUACAAGAUCAAAUACCCAGAAAACUUUUUCCUGCUCAGGGGCAACCAUGAGUGUGCUUCCAUCAACCGCAUCUACGGCUUCUAUGAUGAGUGCAAGCGCAGGUUCAACAUUAAGUUGUGGAAAACCUUCACUGACUGCUUUAACUGCCUCCCCAUUGCUGCUAUCAUUGAUGAGAAGAUCUUCUGCUGCCAUGGAGGCCUAUCGCCUGAUUUGCAGUCAAUGGAGCAGAUUCGCAGGAUCAUGAGGCCAACAGAUGUGCCUGAUACAGGUCUACUGUGUGACCUGCUGUGGUCUGACCCAGAUAAAGAUGUUCAAGGCUGGGGAGAGAACGACCGCGGGGUCUCCUUCACCUUUGGGGCGGACGUGGUCAGCAAGUUCCUAAACCGCCAUGAUCUGGACCUCAUCUGCAGAGCCCACCAGGUUGUGGAGGAUGGAUAUGAGUUCUUUGCCAAACGCCAACUGGUCACACUUUUCUCCGCUCCAAACUACUGCGGGGAGUUUGACAACGCGGGUGGCAUGAUGAGCGUUGACGAAUCCCUCAUGUGCUCCUUCCAGAUCCUAAAGCCCUCAGAGAAAAAGGCCAAGUACCAGUAUGGUGGUGUAAAUUCUGGUCGGCCCGUCACCCCGCCCCGCACUGCCCAAGCCCCCAAGAAGAGGUGAACGUGCAACUUCGUGGCUCCUCCCCUCUCCUUCUCACCUCGUCUGUUCCUGCUCUGCCGUCAUGGCAACCCCUGUAACUCCCCUGUAUAGUAAAGAUACAGGGCUUAUCUAAUUGCCCAAAUCUUUCCCCUCUCUCUUCCCUGCUCCCCCACUCCCUCCCCGACUCCACUGACAGCUCUUUUCUUAAUGUGUACGUGUACAUAAAUUUGCUGUGACCGAUCUGUUUUUUUUUUGUUUGUUUGUUUGUUUUGCCUGUUUGUUGGUAAUUUUGAUAUUAUUAACAGAUAAUCUUUUUUUGUGGUUUUUCUUCCACUGCCAUUUGAGGUUUUCUGAGGUUCUGUGUCAUGAAAGGAAACGCCUUCUCUGCACACAGGGGCAAAGUGACAGAGUUUGACAAAAUUCUCGUUGAGUUUAGCAAAGACACAGUAGACAUUCAACAUUGUUUUGCCUCGACCUCUCAAAAUGUGGAGAGAAUCUUUCCAAUGUAUUUCAGUGAGACCGAGGUUUCCGUGCAAUGCAAAAGUCCAUAAAGACAAAUAGCAUUUCUUGUAUUCCACUUCAGCAGUUGAAACGCAUUAUAGCAUGUGCGGUGAACUUGCGGUUGCUGU